CUCACGCACUCCUAACUUGAGGGCUCAGCAACUGCCAUUUGGCCCACUUGAUUCGCUCCCUGUCUCUUCCUUUGUCUCUCUCUCGCUCGUGUUCAUUCAUUGGUGAGGGGGCAUGGAAGAUGAUGCCCGUGUCGUCUGGAUAAGGAGGAGCACGCCAACAACACACCGCGGUUGACGAGAGAAGAGAAAUCCAGAUCGCCAUGCCGACGCCGCCCUCGGGGAGCGCGCUGGACGUGCCAGUGCUGCCCGGGGGUGGUGGCUCGCUCGUGCGGGCGUACGAAAGCUUCAGCUUUGCCUUUGACCGCAUCGAGACGGCGCUGCUUCCCGACGUGGCCCGGGCUGUCCUGCACACGAUUCUCUUCCAGCGCGCACUCGGACACGUCCGUCCGGCCAGCGUCGUUGUACUCGAGCGCGAAUUCCCGUGCGUGAGGGACGCGGGCGUGGAGCGCGUCGUCGAGGAAAAGGUCGAGGAGCUGGCGAGGCUCGUAGAGACGCGGGGAAAGGUCAGGGUUGCGGUGCUGCAGACGCCGCUAUCGGCAUCGAGAGCAGCGGCGAGCACUACGCAAUCGACGCAGCAGUCGCAACAGCAGCAGCAGCACCCGCCCGCCACUUCAGCAGGAGCAGGGACGGCGACGGCGACGGCGGACAAGCAGGCGACUGCCCGGACGGGCGGAUAUCCCUACGCGUGGAUCACCCAUGCCUGGUCCGGCGGCAUCACCGGCACCACCGUCCAUCGUCCCGAGGAGAGCGCCGUCGCGCCACCGCACUCGCCCAGCCCGGACCCCACCAGCCCAGCAGCCCCCUCGCGCGCCAGCACCACCGAGGCCGAGUUCGAAGAGUGGGCCGUGACAUUCACCCUGGUCAGCGCACAGACGGAGCGCGAGCGCAACCGGCUCCAUCGAGCGACGUCGAGCCAGCUGGCCGACUUUGUCCGGCAACUCAUCCGCUUCACGGACGAAAAGAGGCUCCACAUUCCCUCGAUUACCACCAACGACCUAGAGCCGUUUCCCAUCAAGAUCGACGUUGAACGUCUGCCUUAGUACUCGGUUUUUUUUUUUUUUUAGCCAACACGCAGCGCAUUUGCCAAGACGUCCUUGGUAGUUAGUACUUGGUAUCGAAGAAUGGUAGGAUUGAUAGAGAGAUUUGCUACUGUACAAGGACUACGAAAGGAAUCUGAUCAGUGGCACGCCGUGC